AUGGCCGAGCUCCCGUGGAAAGUGCACCUCACCUCGCACCCCAUGUACCUGGAUAUCCGUGGGCCCGCAUUGUAUGAGGACGAGUACCAUCGCACAUGGCUGCAUCUCGUCACGAAGACAGGAGGUGACCUGCAAGUACGGUUGCGCCAGGAAAACAUCCCAAUUGGGGAUAUCGCACUCACCACCAGCCCGCUUACCUCAAUCUCCAUGCCUUCAUUGUGGAAGCUCCACCUUGGCAUCCAGUAUCUGGACUCCAUGGGCCGGUUCUGGCGCAUCGUGCACCACAUCAAGGAGAAUGGAGUGGAGGAAAUGAUCCUUGAGCUGAUGGAAGACUCAUUGGACAUGUGA